AUGUGCAAGCAUAUUCCCAAUGCCCAGGUAUCCUUCCGAGCACCAUGCUGCAGCCGAUGGUUCGAUUGCAGUGAGUGUCACUUCGAGCUAAGCGACCAUCGACAGCAAGCAGCAGCUGAAAUGGCCUUCGUGUGUAAGCAAUGCCGCAACCCCUUCCGAAAAGACUUGACAGCUUUCGAUGAGGAAGACGAAAGCUGCCCACACUGCGGGAACAUGCUAGUGCAACCCGUUGGCGAAUUGACCGAUUCAAGAGCAGCGACACCCGCGGCGUCGAGUACGUCGUAG